AUGAUCCUGGUAGGGAUCCCUGGUUACCAUCGUCUUCUUUCGCAUCCCCUUAAUGUGCAGCCACUGCCUUCUUUUUCACUCCAAAACGAAGGAACUUACACCUACUCUACAGAGCCGUCAACGCACAGUAGCUCUAACAUUAUUACAUGGUGGUGGAUUCCAAUGUUAGUGGCAGUAACGGUCCUUUUCUUCCUCAUCUUUCUGCAAUGCUAUAUCUGGUUCAAAAACCUUCGUGGCAGAGUUAGAGUUAUUGAUAUAGAACUCGCAAUAACAUGGAAUGAAGAUGAUCAUUCGGUGCCGGCGGCUACAGCUGCAGCUGCAGCUGCGCCUACCAAACCAUGGCUGACGGCAGAGGCCUUAGAAGAAGCAUUCCCGACCUUUGCUCAUGGGAAAAUCGUUAAAAGCGAUGAGUGUGCUAUAUGUUUAGAGGAGUUCAAAGAAGGAGAAAAGUGUAGGAUGCUUGUUCCUUCUUGCGUCCAUAUUUUUCAUAAAGAUUGCAUUGAUACUUGGCUUUCUGAGGAUACUCGCUGCCCACUUUGUCGUGCAGUUUUGUUCUCUUAG